AUUUUUCCGCCUUUAGCUACGAACAAAAUUCCCUCGCAAUUGCUGUUUGGGAAGAUAGAAAGAAAAUGACAGAAAGUGAAAGAAACGAAGAGAAAAUGUCGAAACAGAAGCGAGACAGAAACUUACUGGCUUUCACCGGGGGAGUUGCUCUCGUCGCUCUUGCGGUGAACCUCGGUAUCGCCGCUUUCAACUCCCAUAAGCAAAAGAAAAAGAAGAAAGAUCUUCCUGGCUCCAAUUUUCGUGUUAAUUUAUCGGCGUCUGAGAUUCUCAAAUUAGCGGAUCGAAUCAUUGCCAAGUCAAAGAAGGUUCACGAUUUCGUGGCCUCGGUUCCUCUUGAGAAGGUCACAUAUACGAAUGUCAUAUCGCCUCUUGCAGAGUUAGAAGCGCAACAGUUUCCGUUGGUACAAUCUUGUGUUCUUCCCAAGUUAUUGUCCUUGUCCGAUGAUAUUUGCAAAGCAAGUGCUGAAGCAGAGCGGAGAAUAGAUGCCCAUGUUCUCAUGUGCAGAAAACGUGAAGAUGUAUAUCGUGUAGUCAGAGCUUUUGUGUCAAAGGGGGAAUGGAUAAAUGCUGAAGCAAAACGCUAUACCCUUUGCCUGGUGAAAGACUUUGAACGUAAUGGGUUGAACCUUACUUCAACCAAAAGAGAGGAAAUGCAGCGGUUGAGGACACAAAUUGAUGAUCUUAGCUUCCAAUAUAUUCAAAAUCUGAAUGAUGACAAUACCUUUCUUUUCUUUAGUGAGGCCGAGCUAGCUGGUUUACCACCAGAAUUUCUUAAGACCUUGAAUAAAGUUGCAAAUGGUAAAUUCAAGGUAUCUCUGAGAAAUCAUCAUGUUGCAGCUGUAUUGGAACUUUGUAAGGUGGGGAAAACAAGAAAUAUGAUAGCAGUGGCAUAUGGAAAGAGGUGUGGGGACGUCAAUCUUCCUGUUUUAGAAGAUCUGGUUCAACUACGCCAUAAGUUUGCUCGAAUACUUGGUUAUUCGAACUUUGCUGACUAUGCUGUUGAUCUUCGAAUGGCAAAGACUCCAUCGAAGGUAUUUGAAUUCUUAGAGGACAUUUCCAGUAGUUUGACCGACUUGGCCUCUAAAGAACUUCAGAUGUUGAAGGACUUAAAGAAGAAAGAGGAAGGAGAUCUUCCAUUUGGGAUUGAGGAUUUCCUUUACUAUGUCAAGAAGGUCCAACAGCAAGAAUUUGAUUUGGAUUUUGGGGCUCUUAAGCAAUACUUUCCUGUUAAUUUGGUUUUGCCUGGGAUUUUCAAAAUAGUCCAAGACCUAUUUGGUUUAAGGUUUGAGGAAAUUGAAGAUCCUGAAAUUUGGCAUCCUGAUGUUCGUGUAUAUUCAGUUUUUGAUUCAAGUUCAAGUGAACUUAUGGGUUAUUUCUACCUUGAUAUGUACAAAAGGGAAGGAAAAUAUAAUCACACCUGUGUUGUGGGUCUUCAAAAUGGUGCAUUAUCAUCCAGCAGUGUACGACAGAUUCCAGUGGUGCUACUAAUAUCUCAAUUUCCGAAGGAAGUGGAUGGACACCCUGGGUUGCUACGAUUCUCGGAAGUGGUUAAUUUUUUCCAUGAGUUUGGCCAUGUGGUUCAAUAUGUAUGCAAUCGUGCAUCUUUUGCAAGAUUUUCUGGACUGGGCUAUGAUCCAGACUUUGUUGAGGUUCCUGCUCAGGUUCUAGAAAACUGGUGUUAUGAGAGUUCUUCUCUGAAGUUGAUAUCCGGCUUUUAUCAGGACAUAACAAGGCCUAUUGAGGAUGAAAUAUGCAAGACACUUAAAAGAUGGCGCUACUCAUUUUCUGCACUCAAAUUAAAGCAAGAAAUUCUUUAUUGUCUUUUUGAUCAAAUUAUACAUUCUGCGGACAAUGUCGACAUCGUUGAGUUAUUCAAGCAUCUUCAUCCAAAGAUUUUGUUAGGGUUGCCAGUUUUGGAAGGGACAAAUCCAGCUUCACGUUUUCCUUGUAGUGUUAUUGGUUAUGAAUCUGCCUGUUACAGUCAUAUAUGGAGUGAGGUUUUUGCUGCUGACAUAUUUUCUUCAAAGUUUCACAACAAUAUUUCGAACCAGUACGUUGGCAUGCAGUUCAGGAACAAGGCAUUGGCUCCUGGUGGAGGCAAGGAACCCAUUGAAGUACUGUCAGAUUUUCUUGGAAGAGAACCAUCAAUCCGAGCUUUUGUCAACGCCAAAGCUGAUUUUAGUUUGUGAUCACAGAGGAGGCAUUGUUGGUUCUGUCUUCUUCCCCGGAUCUCCUAAUCGGCAUUCUGCAAUUUUGGUUACCUACUCGAGUACAUCCCCUUGUUGUAUUUAAUCUCCAUUAAGAAUUUUAUCUAUUUGAAUCGAUGGUAAAAGUGUCUAGUUUGUCACAUAAUUUAUCAUAGAUGGAGGUUAGUAUUAUCUUUGUGAGGUGGGUGCAUUAUGGCUUUUUUUUUUUUGAUUGAUCAGAAAAUUUAUCAUGGUUAUUAUUUAUGUAUUUAUUAGCUUCAAAACAACCAAUUUUCUCCGCUU